AUGGCAGAAUGGAAGACGCAGAUAAACUACGACUACAAUCCGUCCUAUCACGCCUUCGCCUACGGUCUUGUUUAUCAGUCCGGGCACGAACAGAACUGCCAUGUGGCCGGCUGGGGCGAAACGGCAGCCCCCGAGUAUAAUAAUUACGCACCUGGGAUGACGCAAGUCUACUACGCCGCUACCGCUUCGAGGACACGCGAAGCGUCUCUGCCUCAUAGUCCCGAGCAGCACGUCGCCAACGCUCACUGCCGUUACCAGGGUUCCGGUCUCGUCUACGUAGAGGAGAGUCAAGCCGGCCACCUGGUUCUCGCUGGAACUCCCCGAGCCACCUACGAUUCGCCCGCCGAGACGAGCAGGAGGACCGGCGGGGGCGGCAGCGACUCUACGAGUGACUCGGAGGCUCACGCUUCUCCUGAUUCCUGGAGUUUUAGUAGCGGCCGAGAAAAUAGUCUUCCACAGGUCGACCCCGCUUUGUGGGUGAAGCCCGAACAAAGCGACGAUGCAAACAGCAGCGGCCCGGAAGCUGGAGACCAUGUUUCCAGCUCGCUCAUGGUGGAGCUGUCCUCCUACACCGACGCUAGCGGCCAGAACGCUGACGCUGCCGUCUCUCUCCAAGCGCCAUUACCGGCCGAUAAGAAACCUAGCACGAACCUGAACGGAAAGGGACGCGUUUCCUUUUCGGAGGACCAGAUGAACUUUCUUGUCCAGCGUUUCAGCGUGCAGAGAUACCUUACCCCGGCCGAGAUGAAAAACGUGGCUGAAAUGACAGGGCUUACCUACAAACAGGUUAAAACGUGGUUUCAAAAUCGAAGGAUGAAGCUGAGGAGACACCAGAAAGACAACAACUGGGUGUCGGAGCGUUACAACAAAAGCCGCACUCAAGCCAGCUCUGUUAGCGGAAGUGUAAUCAGUCACGUUCCACGCUAUCAAGUGAUGGCUCAAAGACCAGCCUUCACCGAGCGCUACAAUCAUCCCAUGAUGGAUACGGCUUUUAAGAAGACAACUCUACAGAACCUGGCUUUUUAUCUGGCCUCUAUGGGCAACACCGCCGGAUCGACUCCAUUUCCCACAUGGUCUUCCGGCAUGCCCGCUAGGCCCCAGGCAGGUAGCGUGUCUGCGCCUCCAGGGAUCAACCAGUAUGAAUAUAAUUCCAGUGUUUUCCACUCAACUGGGCCAGACGGCAGCUUUGAGGACAGAAAUGCAGUGUCUGUCAUCAACCAAAAUCCAUCCGUGAUUGUACAUGACAUAAGCCAGUAG